GUCAUUAGCUUAGCUUUACUGUUUGUGGUGAAAAAUAAUUUAGCGUAGCUAACGUUACAAUGUCGAGUCUGUCAGGCUUAGUUUGUUUUCUGAGGCGAUCUUGGAUACGCUUGGAAUGGACACUUAUGCAGGCUAUCGGAUUUGACAGAGAGUUGGCCCCAGCAUUAGCAUUGCGUGGUCGAGGACUCCUUCCCCAGCCUGAGAACGAAGACAGCAGACAGCAUGAGGAACACAGCUUCCUAGAUAACAUCUUUUGGAUGGCUGCCCCCAAGAAGAGACGAACCAUAGAGGUUAACCGCGGCAGGAGGCGAAACGAGAAUAACCUCAUUCAAGUUAAGACAAACAUCGUGCCCUGCCCUGAGUGUGGCCACCUGAAGCUGAAGCACGUGCUGUGUGGGUUCUGCUAUGAGAAGGUGCGGAGGGAGACGGCGUUGAUCCGCCGUCAGAUGCUGGCCAUGGAGGGCGGGCCCCUGAAGACCCCGGCCGUGCCCAGGGUCGUACUCUACCAGGGCGAAACACCUCAAGAUAGCAACGAGGGGAAGGAAAUCGUAGAAAUGAGCCGAAAACGCCCCUCCUGGUUCAAACCAAACUGAUUGUGUCAUUUACUCCAUAGCACUGUUUUACUUUUUGUAUACUACAGGUAAUUAAAUAUGAUAUGUACUCUA